CCUUCCCUCAUUCACAGGGCUUUCCUGUUGCUAUUUGAAGCCAUUCCGGGCCUUCCAAUUUACUAACGUCAACAGCUCUCCGUCCUCUCAUUCACAGCCUCCUCCUCUGACGCAUCAGCACCCGCCAACGAGACGAAAAAGACAACAGAAUGAGCUCGCGCUAUCCGCCCCUCGACGAUUACUACGUCGUGAAAGAAACCAUCGGCUCAGGAGGCUUUGCCAAGGUGAAACUCGGCGAGCACCGUCUAACCGGCGAGCCAGUAGCCAUAAAGAUCAUGGAUAAGGCCGGUUUGGGGCACGAUUUGCCGCGCGCGCGAUUGGAGAUCGAAACGCUCAAGAAACUGCGUCAUCAGAACAUCUGUCAGCUGUAUCAGGUCAUCGAGACGGAGGAGAAAAUAUUCAUGGUGCUGGAACACGCGCCAGGAGGCGAGGUUUUCGACUACAUUGUUGCCCGCGAUCGAUUGAAGGAACCGGAAGCGCGGCAGUUCUUCCGUCAGAUAUUGGCUGCUGUCGCUUACGUGCAUGAUGCCGGGUACGCGCACCGCGAUUUGAAACCGGAGAACUUGCUGCUGGACGAGAAUAACCAGAUCAAGUUGAUUGAUUUCGGUUUGGUGGCGCAUCCCAGUGACAUUGGAGAUCCACUGCAUACUUGCUGUGGGAGUCCCGCCUACGCAGCGCCUGAGUUGAUUACUGGUAACCCGUAUCUUGGGACUGAGGCUGAUGUUUGGAGUCUUGGAGUGUUGCUGUAUGCGUUGCUGUGCGGGUUCCUUCCGUUCGACGACGACAACACGGCGUAUUUGUAUCGGUUGAUACAACGUGGGAAAUACGAGAUUCCCGAUUGGUUGACGCACGGGAGUGUGAAGAUUCUCAGCGAGAUGAUGCAGACGCAUCCGAAGAAGAGAAUCACGAUCAAGGAAUUGUUGUGUCAUCCGUGGGUGUGUCAGACGUAUGGCGUGCCUGUCCCUUGGCAAUCGAUUCAUCGCGACGGCACGGAUCCCGAUUCCGAUUGUAUCGCCGAGAUGUCACUUCGCUAUUCGAUUUCAAAGGAACUCAUGUUGGAACAGAUAAAGCAGUGGAAGUUUGACCAUCAAACGGCCGUCUAUCUCCUCCUCGUCAAGAUGAAACAAAAUGGGAAGACGCCACGACUGAAGAUGAUUGCGCCACUCGCUUCUCCCAUAGUUUCUCGCGCUAUGCGACCGCCAAGCAUCUCGUUGCCUUCGUCACCGUUCGAUCUCUAUUUUUCACGCGAUUCCCUUCCGGAUAUCCCGUCCGAGGUCGAAGCUCAGAGUCCAGUGAUGCUGCGGAAGAAGGUACAGAUGACACCAGUGAAUAAGGUCAAGACUCUGCAACCCGACUUCGGGUCCGUCAUUCGGUCUCACUCGAUCGACAUGACAAGAAUGAAUGCGUUGUCCGGAGCAACCGUAAGCGUCGAUCGUAAGACACACACUCUCCCACCAUUGACUGCCGACGCUCGUGCCCGAGCCGCGUCCGUCGACACGGAACUCGAUCGACUCGGCGAGUCACCAACGAUGAACGGAUCGCCACCAUUGACGCCAUCGGCGAGCAUGCAACGACGUGGCAAGGGCCUCUUUGGUAAACUCCGAGCAAAGUUAGGGUCAUCGUCAUCCCCGUUGGUACCCAGAAAGCUCAAAGGCUUAUACGACGUCUCAUCAACGUCAACACGUUCGGCUCACCACGUGCUCUCCGAGUUGGAGCGAGUCGUCAAAGAGAGGAACAUCCCGUAUAGAAUUAAGGGAUUCUUCAUUCGAUGCAAGAUGAUUCAUCCGGUAACAAGGAAAGUUGAUUUAGCGUUUGAUCUCGAGGUGUGUCUCCUCCCCAGGAUGGAUCUCGUCGGUGUGAGACGAAAGAGGGUGAAGGGAGACACGUGGGUGUACAAGAGAACGUGCGAGGAACUUCUUGCCGCUGCUCAGCUGUGAUACCGGAGUUCUGAAUUCUGUGACCAUUUCUGUAAAGUUUCUCGAUUUUGAUAAACGUUCGUUUCCGUUCGUAAUCGUGUAGCUCGUCGGAGCUACACUUAGUCAUUAGUUAUCGAUUUUUAUAUGCGGUGAGUAGCAUUUGGUACUGUAACGGCUAAACUGCACAACUGGCUCAUUUGGGCCAUCUAUUUAGCUGACAAUGAUACUUAGGCGAUAAGCACAUUUGAUGUAUUAUCUGGCAAGUUUGCUAUUUCAGUCGAAUUGCUACAAAUUUUGUCACAAAUUUUGUCACAAAUACAACGAGAUGUAAAAGGCUUGUUUACAGAA